AUGGAGCAAUUAAAUAUGGCAUUGACAAUGAUAAAGCGCGAUGAGAAUGCAAGAAGGCGUCAAAUGCGCAAUAUAGACAGUGAUCUGUCACCUGAACCAAGGAAUAUUAAGCGCAGAAGACAUGAAACGGCUUCUACUGCUGCUGCAAUCAGCUGUGAAGGUCGACUGAUCAAACAAGAAGUCGAUCCAACUGCUCCAACAACAGUGAAGAGAAGUUCAAGAUUCCGAGGUGUAAGCAAGCAUAAAUUGACAGGUCGAUAUGAAGCACACUUGUGGGACAAACUCUCGUGGAAUGUAACUCAGAAGAAAAAGGGAAAACAAGUUUAUCUUGGGGCAUUUGAUGAAGAAGAAGCUGCAGCGAGAGCAUAUGAUUUAGCUGCACUCAAGUAUUGGGGGACAUCGACAUUUACCAAUUUUCCUAUAUCUGAUUACGAGAAGGAAAUUGAAAUAAUGCAGACUGUCACGAAAGAAGAGUACUUGGCCUCACUAAGAAGAAAAAGCAGUGGAUUUUCAAGAGGGAUAUCAAAGUACAGAGGAGUUGCCAGACAUCAUCACAAUGGAAGGUGGGAAGCUAGGAUAGGAAGAGUUUACGGAAAUAAGUACCUCUACCUUGGAACUUACAGUAAGUCACGGCAAAAAUAAUGCCUCAGAUAAUUCAUAGUAAAACAGAAGGAAAAUUUUUUAUUGCCA